AUGAAAAUUUUAUCUUUAGUUUUUUUUUUUUUUUUAACAUAUAAUUAUAGAAAAGUGUUAUCUUAUGAAAAUAAUUUUGUAAACAACAGCAAUUUUUUGGUCCUCAAUAAAAUAAAAAUAACAUCUUCAUACUUUACAAGAAAUAAAAGAGAAGAAAAAGACUUAUUAACAAAAACAAUAGAUGGAAAUGAAAAUGAGAAUUCUUAUAUUUUAAUAAAUGAAAAGAUAAAUUCUUAUAAUUUGAUAAAUAUUAAUUGUACAUUUAAAAUUAAAAAGGAGUUUGAUAAAACAAAAUUGACAAUAUUUUUAAUUAAAAAGUUAAUGGAUAAUCAUAAGGAAAAUAAAAAUUCUUAUGAUAUAAAAGAAUUAAAAACAAAUGAAACAUUUAUAUUUACAAAUGAAUUUAAAAAUCAUUUAGUUAUUUCAAAUUUAUCAAUUUUAGUUGUAAAUUUGAUAGCUUUUAAUGGGUAUUAUAAUUUUGAUAUUUUAAUAACUGAUGGUAAAUAUUCAUUAAAAAUCCCUUUUUUUAGAGUAUUCUUAUUUUUCUAUAAUAAUUUACCAAUAACAGCCUAUCCUAUAAAAAAAGAAAAUAUGAUAAUUAUGAGUUUUAUGAAAAAACAUUUAACUAGAAAUUACAAAAAAAAAUAUGUAAAUAAUGUUGUUUAUAAUUAUAGAGAUUAUUAUUCUCUUCCAUUAAUUCAAGAAAAUAACAAUUUUGAAAAACAUGAACAAAUGAAUACGAAAAUAAUUAUAUUCAUUAUAUUUCUAAUGGCAUAUUUAUUUAUAGUAUAUAUUUAUCUCAUUUUUAUUUAUUUGAAAUAUAAUAUUAAAAAUGUUCACACAAAUUAUUAUAAUUAUGUAUUCAUAUUUUCUUUUAUGCUAAUUAUGUUUCUUUUUAUUUUAUAUGACUUUUUUUUAAACAUUAUUCAAAUAUCAUAUAUUUUCAUUUUUUCAUUUACUUUUUUUUUGGUAGUUUUUUACAAAACUUUAACAAACUUAAGAGAAAUUAGGAAAUAA